AUGGUGAAAUCUCCAGAGGCGGAGCAUCCAAUCAAUGCCUAUGGAUAUGCUGCUCGAGACACUUCUGGGACACUUUCUCCUCUCACUUUCUCCCGAAGGGCUACGGGUGAUAAAGACGUGAGGUUUAAAGUCUUGUAUUGCGGGAUCUGCCAUUCCGAUCUUCACUUUGUCAAGAACGAAUGGGGCAUGACUGUUUAUCCCGUUGUUCCUGGGCACGAGAUUGUUGGUACGGUGACGGAAGUAGGCAGCAAAGUAGAGAAAUUCAAAGUUGGGGACAAAGUCGGCGUUGGAUGCUUGGUGGGAUCAUGCAGUUCAUGCGAAAGCUGCGCUAAUGACCUUGAAAACUACUGCCGGAAACAGAUUCUCACUUAUGGUUCCCCCUGCUUUGAUGGCACACGCACAUACGGUGGGUACUCGGAUCACAUGGUUGCAGAUGAGCAUUUUGUGCUCCGUUGGCCAGAGAAUUUGCCGCUUGAUACUGGUGCACCAUUGCUCUGUGCUGGGAUCACAACUUACAGCCCCCUCAGAUACUUUGGACUAGACAAACCUGGUGUGAAGGUGGGCGUAGUGGGUCUUGGUGGGCUAGGCCAUGUUGCUGUCAAGAUGGCCAAGGCUUUUGGGGCAGAAGUUACAGUCUUCAGUACUACCCCUAACAAGAAGCAGGAAGCACUUGAAGGGCUUAAAGCUGAUCAUUUCAUAGUCAGCCAAGACCCAGAGCAGAUGCAGUCUGCAGCGAGUACAUUGGAUGGAAUAAUUGACACAGUGUCUGCAACUCACCCAAUUGCACCGUUGCUUAGUGUGCUCAAACCCCACGGGAAGCUUGUGCUUGUCGGUAUUCCAGAGAAGCCACUUGAGCUAGCUGCAUUUUCUUUAAUCAUGGGGAGGAAAAUUGUUACUGGUAGUGCAAUUGGAGGGUUGAAAGAGACUCAAGAAAUGCUUGAUUUUGCAGCGAAGCAUGGCGUGACUGCAGAUAUAGAGGUUAUCCCGAUAGACUAUGUGAACACUGCCAUGGAUCGUAUCUUGAAAUCUGAUGUUAGAUACCGGUUUGUGAUUGAUGUCGCCAACUCCCUCAAAGCUCCAUAGGUUGGUGAAGUUGCUUUGAUAUGUGCUUAUCAUUUUAGAACAUGAAUAAGAUUUGCAAGUUCUAUUUUGGCAUGGUAUUCGAUCAGAAACAAUCCUUGGUUUUGAACAACGUUUACUUGAUGAUCUUAAAUGCAAAAUUCUGAAACCAUCUAUGGUUUGGUUCUUGUUA